UUCACACUUAAAUAAAAGAAUAGAGAAGAAACGGAGGAAACACUCAAAGCUGAACGAAAUCGCCACUCCGCUCUCCGUGUCGUCACUCUGCUCUCCGUGUCGCAACUCCCCAACUUGGAAGUCUCCAUCAGCUGCUCCUGCUCGUAAGUGGUGAUUGGUACGACGAUGGAAGAGGUUUCCACUGAUAUUCGUGUGGAGGUGGGAGGACCGGAGCUUUCUAGUGAAGCGAGCAGUAAGGUUGUGCAAGAAGAAGAGGUUGAGGGUAAAGUUGAUGGCUUAAGUUUGGAUGAGCCCCAAGAAGCAGCAAAGAAGAAGAAGAAGAAAAGUAAAAGCAAGAAGAAAAAAGAACCCCCUCAGCAGACUGAUCCGCCAUCAAUUCCUGUAGCUGAGCUUUUUGCAUCUGGCGAGUUUCCAGAGGGUGAAAUUCAACAGUAUAAGGAUGAUAAUUUGUGGAGAACUACAUCUGAGGAAAAAAGAGAACUAGAGCGGUUGGAAAAACCAAUUUAUAAUUCAGUUCGCCAAGCAGCAGAAGUCCACCGUCAGGUUCGAAAGUAUAUUAGGCAAAUUUUGAAGCCUGGAAUGCUGAUGACUGACCUCUGUGAGACCUUGGAGAAUACAGUUCGUAAAUUAAUAUCAGAAAAUGGUUUACAAGCUGGCAUUGCAUUUCCUACAGGAUGCUCAUUGAACUGGGUUGCUGCUCAUUGGACACCAAAUACUGGCGAUAAAACUGUGCUUCAGUAUGAUGAUGUGAUGAAACUGGACUUUGGUACUCACAUUGAUGGGCAUAUUGUGGACUGUGCAUUUACUGUGGCGUUCAACCCCAUGUUCAAUCCACUGCUUGAGGCCUCACGAGAGGCUACGAAUACAGGAAUUAAGGAGGCUGGAAUCGAUGUACGCCUGUGUGAUGUUGGUGCUGCAAUCCAGGAGGUGAUGGAAUCGUACGAGGUUGAAAUUAAUGGCAAGGUGUUCCAAGUUAAAAGUAUCAGAAAUUUGAAUGGGCAUAGUAUCGGGCCCUAUCAAAUCCAUGCGGGGAAAUCUGUUCCUAUAGUUAAAGGAGGCGAGCAAACAAAAAUGGAAGAGGGUGAAUUUUAUGCAAUCGAGACUUUUGGAUCGACAGGGAAGGGAUAUGUUAGAGAAGAUCUAGAAUGCAGCCAUUACAUGAAGAAUUUUGAUGUUGGUCACAUCCCGCUGCGAUUGCCCAGAGCGAAACAACUAUUGGCAACAAUUAAUAAAAAUUUCUCUACAUUGGCUUUCUGCAGACGUUAUCUCGAUCGCCUUGGAGAAACUAAAUAUUUGAUGGCAUUGAAGAAUUUGUGUGAUGCUGGCAUUGUUCAGCCAUACCCUCCUCUUUGUGAUGUUAAGGGCAGCUAUGUAUCUCAGUUCGAGCAUACAAUUUUACUUCGUCCAACUUGCAAAGAAGUGGUAUCAAGAGGAGAUGACUACUGAUGAAGAACCGAAUGUGCACAAGGGCUGUGAUUCCAGGAGGAUCUUAGAGCUAAUUAAAUCUUCUACUAUACCAGUUUCCUCCACUGACUUUACUUCAUUCCUCAUGGUUUUCGUGUUGUUUGAUCUCGUAUUUUGAUGAAAAUCAACAUAUAUAUUUUUUUCUAGCUCUUUGUUGGUAUCAACUGAAAUCGUUGAAUUUUCUUUUAUAUUUCUUUUUCCUACAGUAUAAGUGGUAAUUUUUGCUGUACACCUGGAAGGAGCAGGGCCUUCAAUUCGUUUGUCUGUACUUUCCCAACAAAAUUUUACCA